CCGUUAAUUACGCAAAUGUAUUAAAAGUCUAAACUUUUAAACUGUAAGCUUCUUGGAGGAAUUUGAACAACUUCUACUAUGAAUAAACACUUUGCAAGGUUUUCUCAAUGGACUGGAGAGCGUUUUGGGUUUGAUCGACAGAAAACGACUCUUUCAGAUGAUUUCUGUGAGUUACGGCGAGAAAUGGAACUUCGAUUUAAUGGAAUUGAAAAGCUCCAUCGGGACUUUAGACAAUGGAUACAAUCCAUGGAACGAAAGAAGUCAACUCUGGAAGAAAAAGAAAAACCGCUGCCGAUUGUCGGUCUAGGUGAUUCUUUCCUUAAUCUAGGAUACAUUUUGUCUGAUUAUUCUGUUCAUUCUGACACCUAUAAUAUGUAUGGAAAGACUCUUAUUCAGAUUGGAACGCUACAGGAAAACUUUGUUCGCUUCGUCACUGAAUCAUACAUGAGAGAAUUGGAGCGAUGGCUUUCACAAAGAAGAGUGUUGGAGGCUAAAGAGAAAAAACUUGAAAACAGGAGGUUGGUAUUUGACGCACUCUCAACGAAAAUCCAGAAAGCUAAAAAAGAGGAUUCUAAAAUUGAAGAGGAUUUGCGGAUGGCCAGAGGAAAAUACGAAAAUACUUUAGAAGAUUUUGAGGAAACAAUGAUUGAGCUAAGGGAAUUUGAGUCCAGUCAGAUCAACAAGCUUGUUCUUUUAUUACACAAACAUAUUCAAUUCCAUGAACAGUGUCUGAAUAUUCUACGACCUUUGGAAUCUCAACGCUUUGGAGCGAUGCAACAACCUACGAAUCGUUCAAGACGAUCGUAUUCUACAAAGUCAUUAGCUUCUUCGCCUUCUGUCAUUUGUAAGAACCAUAAUCAAGCAGUGGAUUCUCGUCCUUCUUCUCCUUCUCUUAGGUUAGAACCAACAUCAUGGACGACUCCAACUCCUAUCAAUGCUGGGGAAGAAGCUUUACUUCCAGCUAAAUUUUUGCAAGGACUAGGAGAUUUGCAGCUAGAUAAUACAUCUUCACCUUCACUAUCCCUUAGAAAGUCUCCGUCACCGGAAAUACCUAUUUCAUCGAAGCCGCGAUCUAUAGGACGCAUGUCUUCAAAUCAUUCUACUUCUUAUGAAAAAUCUAAAAAUUCGUCCGAUGAUAAUGAAAAAGAUCAUAUGCUUGAAACAAAAACCGAAUCUGGCCAUAGUCCUUCAUUAUCGGCAAUACCUAUGCCAACAUAUUCCCUGGAGAAAGAAACGAUAUCUGUGAGUCAACCACACAAAAGUUUAUCAAGUCCUUUACUUGCUCAUAAAGGCUUAGAAGCUGUAAGGAUGAAAUAUGACUUUGAGCCCCAGAUGGAAAAUGAGUUAGCUUUGAAGAAAGACGACAUUUUACUUGUCCUGAAGAAAGUUAAUGUUGGAUGGUGGGUUGGGGAGCAAUUGGACGGUGAUGGAAAUUUAACAGGAAAUACUGGCCUGUUCCCAUCAAAUUUCUGUUUUCCUGAACAUGGUUCUGUACAAUCAGACAAAACUUCGAGAACGCAGAGCAACUAUGAAACGUCCCUUCCUUCUGUAAGAUGAUUUUUAAUUAUUAACCAGCUUCGGUUCCAUAGACAAUAUGAGCCUUUUAGUUUAGCUGGUUUCUUUGAUUAUUUUUUGUACAUGACUUAUACUCUUACUGCAUAGCCCGUUUACGUUUACAUUGCGCAUUUUAAACAAUGUUUUUUAUAGUUUUGUCAGUUGGAUUUUGUUGGCUUUUCCUAUUCUUUUUACUGUUAUUUCAACCUGUUGUUAGGACUGUAUCUCAUGUUUUAUUAUUGGUCCUACAGAAAACUAAACAGUGUUACAUUCCUUUUUUUAUUUAAAUUUAAAGAACUGCAAAAUACUAGUCUAACAUUUGAAAAAUAUACCAAGCCGUACGAAAAAAUUAAGAACUUUUAUUCGAUUCAACUAUCGAAAUUAGCAACAAAAGGGUAAAACAUUAACGGA